AUGAAGUCAACAUUCAGUUUUGAUUCCGUAAACUGGUUAAUUGAAAACAUCAUCAAAACGGGUCUAUUUAAUUAUUUUUUCAUGAAAAUCAAGAUGGAAAGGCUAAGAAAAACAAACAAGAUGGAAAACUUAGAAACAGGAAUGGAGAACUUUAAGAUAGAAACAAUUGAGGAAAGGGAAUAUGAAGAAUCUGAGGAAAUGGAAUGGGAGGAAAUUGGGGAAGUAAUUUGUAUGGUAGAAGAGGAGGGUGGGCUCACUCGCUCACUCCAAACUUUCCGCAAAAAUUUCAUCAUCAACAAAAAAGCCUACUGA